UUAUAAAAUAUACUUACGUCUUUGGUGAUGCGUUUUUCAAUUUUAUUUUUUUAUUUUGUUUCAUCUUGGAUUUCUGUUCUGCUACUUUCGACAUAAAUAAAAACCAAUUACAGAUGGUUGCAGAUAAUUUGAAGUUGGAUGAAUGCAAAAAACUUGCGGAAUCUCUACAAGAGGACAAAUUUAAAAUGGAUCAUACUCCCAGCGGGCACACGGAACCCGAAGGGGUAUCUUGCAUCAGACUCCUGGAGCACUGGAACACCCAUCAUGGCAAAAGACAGUCUUUCCAUCAACUGGCGCUGCGAUUAAAACAGCUAGGGAAAGAUGACCUCGCGAAUCGUUUGGCUAUGUCUGUAACCGAUGAAAAGGUGGCUGAAGUCCAAGAAAAUUUUCUCAAAGAUCCUUUCAAAUCCAAGAUCCAUACCAAUUCACCUCUUUUGCAAGAAAGUCGGCAUGUUGAGCGACCACCAGUUCUAGUAGUACCUGACACUAAAUGGACAACUUUAGAUGUCUUGGAAAUGGUUGUUCUCAUACUGAUAUCUAUCCUUCUCGUGCUCUUUGGUUGUUUGACGAUAAUCAGAUUUUUCUUGCCAGAUUCUUUUGCCCGUAUACGGGCGUCUCUCUACGUCUCGUGGCUGGGAAGACGUCCUGGACAGGAAGAAGUGUUUUACAUCAUGUAAGGACAGGAUCGCUGCAUAAGAACGUUCUUAUAUAAUAGUGUUGGCACAUUUCAAUAGGUUAAAUAGCAUUUUCCUGACAGGAACCUCCGUAAUGAUGCCCCAGCAUAAAGUGACAAUCUCUUUAUGAAGAUCAAAAUUUAACUUGCAAAAAGCAACUUUCAUAAACCUACCACUACUUUUACAAGUAUGAUUUUUUUUGCCUCACUAAUCAAGGUAGCAAAUAAAACCAUACUUGCAUGUAGGUGCUCUGGCAUACGUGCUAUUGCAUGAAACGUGUUUUCUGCAAGCUGAAAACUGAUCUUAAUAAAAGUGCAGGUAACGUUGUCUAGAGGCACCCUUUUGAAGGUUUUUAAGUUGACGAACGCUAUAAAGGCAUCCUGCUCAGCUACACACUUCCAUUCUCUUAGCAGUUGAGGCAAAUGAGAUUGGAAAUUUCCCAUUUUAGUCUCUUUCGUUGCAUUUAAUAUUUGAAAAUUAGCACUAAAUUCAAUAUGGAAUCAUUUACGCUUAAAAUUUGAAUGGUGAUGCAUUGCUAAUGACAUAUGAGGAACUACUUUGAAAUGAUUAUGAAAGGUAUUUUAGAUUUAAUAAUUAUUUCAUCUUUUACAACUGUGCUUUCAUGGCUGUCAGAUUUAUGACUUCUAAUAAUUGGAUUUCAGUAUUUAUGUUGAGGACUGAUUAUAUCUGCUUUUCAGAGUGAUGCUUAUUUCUAAAAUUAUUUAAUUAAAAUCGUUAGAAUGCUAUUUUAAAAAUUAUCUUAUAUUUGAGAUUUGUUUCUAUGUAGUGAAUACUAUAGUUGAUUAAUUAA